UCUGAUGCAGACAAAGGCCGAGGAGGAGACUUUUAUUGCAGUUGCGACAAUUCUGACAGUGAGACUCCAAUCUCCAAGAGGUGUAACGUCUGUUUGAAGAGUACAAUGUUUUAUUUCUUGAAAGGUGCAGAAAUGAAUGAGCACCAACUGCUUAAUACUGGACCAGGAAGCACGUGCUCUCAUUAGGUGUUUUCACUUGUGGGCUUCAUUAGGAGUUGGGCUCCUUAAUGGUAUGUUCGUUGCUGAGAGCUUGUGAAAAUGUUGAGAUUUGUGCUGCAUUUAAUCCUCAUUUGUUUUUCUUAGAUGAGGAUAGCAGCUCUCCCUCGGUUACCAAUAGCUGGUAUGGUUCUGCUAAAUUUACCGCGGCCCUUGGAAAGGCUUUGGUUGCAGCCCUUUAGUCAGAGCUCCUUCUAAACGUGUUCCUACCCCUGUUUGACUAGCCACAAUGUAUCUGUGCCAUACCUAAAAUGGUAACGUUUUAUCUUCUGAUCACCACCCUCAUGUAAGGGUACUUGCUGCUCUGCUGGCUGCUCUGUGAGCUUUUAAACGCAAAACGAGCUCUGGGUGUGAAGCUGUGCUCCUCCGUUCUUUGCUUCUGUUUCAGCAUAAGUUCAGUGGGAUAGGUUUUCCUGCAGGCACAGGCAGUGCGUUUUCUACAAAUUGCUUUACUGUAAUAAAUAGAAUAGGAUUAAAGAGCUGCAGUAACUCCCCCUCCCUCGAGCCCUUACGAUUGCCAUUCUUGUUAUAUUUACAAUGCAUUUCCUUUUCCCCAAAGGUUUGUGUGUGUCCAAAGUUUCACUUUUAUGUUCAAACUUUUUCUUAAAGGACUAAUUCCAUUUGCUGCUUCGAUUUCAUUUCAAGUAGCUGACUACUGCCUCAGCCAAAUGCACGUUUAUCUGGCAUUGAGAGGAUUAAAGUGGCAUUCUAAGAGCAUUUAAAAUCAUGACAAGCUCAGUUGGACAGAAAAAAGUCUCUUCAAGACAAAGGAAGUGUGGUUUUUGUAGAUCUAAUAAAGAUAAUGAAUGUGGACAAUUAUUGAUGUCAGAAAACCAGAAGGUGGCAGCACAUCACAAGUGUAUGCUGUUUUCAUCUGCACUGGUAUCUUCACACACUGAUAAUGAGAGUCUUGGUGGAUUCUCAAUUGAGGAUAUUCAGAAAGAAAUAAAGAGAGGCACUAAAUUGAUGUGUUCCUUAUGCCAUUGUCCUGGAGCAACCAUUGGUUGUGAUGUGAAAACAUGCCACAAGACAUAUCACUACUACUGUGCUUUGCACGAUAAAGCUCAGAUAAGAGAGAAACCCUCCCAAGGCAUUUACAUGAUUUUAUGUCGAAAACACAAGAAAACUACGCAUAACUCUGAAGCAGAUUUAGAAGAAAGUAUCAACGAACAUGAAUUGGAGCCUUCACCUCCCAAAGGAAAAAGGAGGGGUCGUAAGGGAAAGCCAAGAAAAACAAAUUUAAAAGGGCAAUCAGAAGACACUAGAUCCACAUCCUCACAUGGCACAGACGAAAUAGAAAGCAGUUCCUAUAGAGACAGGUCUCCCCACAGAAGCAGCCCCAGUGAUACAAAACCUAAAUGUGGAUUCUGUCAUGCAGGUGAAGAAGAAAAUGAAGCUAGAGGAAAGCUUCAUAUAUUUAAUGCCAAAAAGGCUGCAGCACACUAUAAGUGCAUGUUGUUUUCUUCUGGCACUGUCCAGCUAACAACAACAUCAAGGGCAGAGUUUGGUGAUUUUGAUAUCAAAACUGUACUUCAAGAAAUCAAGAGAGGGAAAAGAAUGAAAUGCACACUUUGCAGCCAGCCUGGUGCUACUAUUGGGUGUGAAAUUAAAGCCUGCAUAAAAACAUACCAUUACCACUGUGGAGUAGAAGACAAAGCUAAAUACAUCGAGAAUAUGUCACGAGGAAUUUAUAAACUCUAUUGUAAAAACCAUAGUGGAAACGAUGAAAGAGAUGAAGAGGAUGAAGAAAGAGAAAGCAAAAGCCGUGGGAAAUCAGGCACUGACCAUAAUGACAUUCCUCAGCAGCAGCUCAAUGGAAACUAGGUUCAAGGGACAGAGUUAUAGAACUGGGAAUGGCUAAGACAUCAUAACUACUAAUUCUUUUAAAUUGUUUUCUAAAAUCAGAAAAGGGUUAGUAACUUUUUACUACCCAGCUCUGUUAGAAAUUUCAUUGAACUGCCUGAAACGUUCAUGUGUGUGAGCCUUCAGUAAGUGGCAGAGUUUUACAUGUCAAUAUUAUGUAGUUUGUAGUCUGCAGUGUCUGGAAAAAAUGAAACACUAUAUAAAUGAUAUGUAAUAUGUACAGUGUCAAAAGUUAAGGCAGACAUUGAAAUGAAGUAAGAUCUAUAUUUCUGGACUGAAUAAAAACAUUAAGAUUUGGAAUGUGUAAGUUGUUUAGUGGAUUCAUGCAAAGAGGGAAGGUCUUAGCUAGUUUAAUUAACAACAUGGACAAAUUGGUGGUGGCAACAAGCUGGUACUUUGUGAAUUUUGCAUUUUCUUCAUAUACAAGUUCCGGAGGCUAUACAUGGGAAAGCCGCUCUCUGUUUUUGCUUGCAAAGCACACAGUAGAAAAGGACUCAGCGUACAUCGAAGCACGCUUGAACAUUUCAGGUUGUUCCUGUUGUGAUUGCUCAUUCCGCCCAGCAUUGUUUGCGGGAGACUUACUUGAGCAGCUGUUGGUUCUGAGCUGUGAGCUUUAGAACUCAUGCCAAAGGGCUGUAGUUCAUUCUUUCCCCAAGGACCCACCUCUUUCUGUGUCUCUGAUUUACAAAGAACACUUCAUUAAGUGUGAUUAAAACCUUACUAUAUAAAUGCUUGGACUCUGAAGCCCAAUCUUUUUCUCUUCAGAGAGUUACAACUCUUAACUCACUAUGGAAUUUAGCCACCAUAUCUGACGUCCAUACCUCAAGUGUUCUGUGUUGUGUGGAACACUUCAUGUUUAGUCCAGAAUAUGCAUAGAGGUCCCAUAUUCUGUAAGAAGAAUGAGGAAACAACCUUUUUUGCUAGAUUGGUAUUUAUUUUUAAAUCUUAUGACCACUAUGUGAGAAACUGCUUAUCAUCCUUACUGUUUUGGUGAUUUAUUUUUUUCCUCCACUUUCUGUCAAGUCAACAAUCACAUCAUGGAAUUCUUCUUUCUCGAUUUUGAUGUUCCUUUGGGGAAUAAUCAGAUCUGAGUUAUACCAAACCUAACAGAUCAGUCCUCUGACUGCUUUCAAAAUACCUUGUCAUUUCUAAUGGCUCCUAGCUUCUUCAAUUGGUCUGUUAAAGCACAUUCUCAGACUGACUUAAAUAAAACCAAAAAGCUGAAUUUAGUCCACGUUUGUCUGUUGCUAUCACACCACAUUGUUUAGGGUUUUGACUUGUUUCACUCUGAACUCCCAACAAAACUCCUAGAUUUGAAAGAAGGAAACAAGGAAAGUACACUGAUUUGACUAUAAACUGCUACAAUUCUUCUGUGAUUGGUAUUGCAAAAACAGUUCAUUUUGUAACAUGAGUUUCUGUAGCAUUUUUUACUUGUAUUUUUAAAUAAUAUAACGUGUGUCAUUGUCUUCUUAUGCAUUCCCUUAAUGUCUUGAGGGACUCAAUUACUGUAUAUUAGACUUUCUAACAUUUUACCUGUUAGAAUUCAUUCAAUUCUGUUUGCUUUCCUGGAGAAUAAUACAGUUUUGGAAAGAAAUAUUGCUGUGUACAGAAAAUACUCAGUUACUGCUCUAAACAUGAUGCCAUUGAUCAUUUUUAUUUUGUAUUUGUAACUUUCAAAAUUAAAAGUGUGACUUGAAUUGCAA